UUGACGCUGGAAAAAGGUGAGUAGAACUUAGCAUAAGCCAAUGUGUUUCGUGCCACCUCGAGUAGUUUUUUGUAAUCAUGUUGAAAGUGAACUGCUCAGGUAGUAACUUGUCUCGAUUGCCUGUUUCAGCUGAAGAAUUCAACGUUGUGAUUGAAGUCGAUUCGUGUGACGAAGUUUUUUUUGACGCUGAAAAAUAGGUGAGUUGAGUUGGAAUAUUACGAGCACGAUAUUUAGAAUUAUGAGUAGCGUAGUAGAUAUAUACAUGUAUUAGUUUUCGAGUAGCUAACUUGGUGCAUUUUUCGUGAGAAAAAAACUUACCUAUACUUGUUCAACUGUUCGCAGCUAUUUUUUGACUUGAGAAGAUGGCGAUGAAAGGCGAUAAGCCGCAGCAACCUGAUUGGGAUGAUACCGACGAGAGUAGCGAUUCUGAAAGCGAUUCGGAGACGGAAGCCACACAUUAUAGAAUUUUUCGGUGUCAGAUAUGUGGUAAGCCGAUCGGUGAAGGGCCGAAAAAGAAAAAAUCGAAUACGACGGCGUUCGCGGUCUCGUGUGGGCACCAGUUUCACAAAAAGUGCCUGAAGAAAAAGAAAGCAGAGUUACCGUGUGAUUGCUUCGUUAAUGGCUGCCGGAAAAAUGGCAGAGUCGAUCCCGAGACGUGGCGGAAAUUACGCGGCGGUACUACCGAGGUAUCGAAGUGCGCGGAAGAAGAAAAGGAUUCCUUGCGCGAGCGGUUAGUAAAAGAAAUGCGGCAAAACACCUUGCUGAUUGAGCAAAACGAGUCGCUGAUUCAGUCGUCGAGAGAGUCGCCGCGUGCUGAAGCCGAGCAAAUUCGAGUUGAGUUAAACUGCGCGAAAACCGAAAUAGAGCAGCUCAAGGCGGAGUUAGCAGAGGUACAGCAAAGAGCUGCGACGCUGGUGGUACAGAAUGAUGCGCUGUUGCUCGCGAGUCAAGGUCCAAGAGAUUGGUCAGUCGAGGAACUCUCUGAGGAGGCUUUUGCAGCCGAGGCGGAGAGACGUGGUUUCGAGUCAUCGCUGGACAGACGUAAGUGUAAAAUUCGAGUAGCGCAUAAGUGA